GCGUGCAGCCAACGAUGCAGCCGCAGGCUGCGGAUGCAAAGAGCCAACGAAGAGCUUGUGCCGGCGUCAUGCGCGUUAUGACGAUGGGAUCUUCAUUGGAGGCCGCGGAAGUGGCAAGGGGUUGCACGUGGAUCAGGUCCUGUGGAGCAAUAUUGGCAAACAGUGGAGGGGCUACAAGCUGAUGGUUACUUGGCCAGCAGGUGUCGAAUCCACACAGUACGUGAGGGAGUUGCCCGAUGCCCACUUCCGUCCUCCUCUGGGGGAACCUCAGCUGAGAGCGUUGAGGUCGGCUUCACGUAUUGCACUCCUUCGCCCCGGCGAUCUCUUUAUCUGUAGUGGUGGCGUCGCCCAUGCCACCCUCAGUGCGUCGAAGGACGUGAGCGUCACGGGCUACGAGUCAUUGGUCUCCUUGCAUCCAAGGCUAGUGGCGCACCUCUUGGAGACUGGGUCAGGCUCGGGGCCAUGCGCGCUGGACAAAGGAGUCAUGGAAGGCGAGGAGCUUCGAGAGCUCCGGAUUUCGCUGUUGCAGCGGCUAAUGGCACUACUGAAGGAGCAGACAGCAUCUAAGCCUAUCUCAGAGAUCGAGUCUGCAGCUCCCUUCGGUGUGCCGUUGUCGCUUCCGUGCAUGGCACUGCGGCAGCAGCUGGCCAGUGCAGCCUCACAG